GACAUGCAGCUGGCGCAGGACGCGCACAUUGACGCCUUCGCCAUGAACGUGGCCACGGGCGACGCCAGCAUCUACAACUCGCUGGCGCUAGCCUUCGACGCGGCGCGGCUGCAGAACUUCAAGCUGUUCCUGUCGUUCGACUACCUAGGGGGCAGCGCGGGACCCUGGGGCAAAGGGCAGGUGCUGGACCUGGCGUCAACCUACUUUGCGCGCGGCGAGUACCUCAGGUACAACGGCAAGCCGCUGGCGUCGACAUUUGAGGGCUCGGACCAGGCGGGCGACUGGGUCGACGUCAAGCGGCAGACGGGGUGCUUUUUCCUGCCGGACUGGUCGUCGCGGGGGGCGCGCGGGGCGCUGGACCUGCAGGGCGGCGUGGCCGACGGGCUGUUCGCGUGGACGGCGUGGCCGUGGGGCAACCGCGACAUGGACAGCAACACGGACGCGUCGUACGACGAGGCGCUGCGCGACCAGAACAAGCCGUACAUGAUGGCCGUGUCGCCGUGGUUCUACACCAACCUCCCCGGCUGGAGCAAGAACUGGCUGUGGCGCGGCGACGACCUGUGGGCGGACCGGUGGAACCAAAUCAUUGAGCACCAGCCCGAAUUCGUCGAGAUCGUCACGUGGAACGACUACGGCGAGAGCUCGCACAUCAGCCCGCUGUACGACAACGCCAUGGGCCUCUUCAACUACGGCAAGGCGCCCUUCAACUACGCGCAGGACAUGCCGCACGACGGGUGGCGGCAGUUCCUGCCGUUCCUGAUCGACACGUACAAGGGCGCGCGGCCGGCCAUCACCAAGGAAGGACUCACGUCGUGGUACCGCACGUCGCCGGCGGCGGCGUGCAGCGACGGCGGCACGCCCGGCAACACGGCGUCGCAGAUGCAGCUCGAGUUUUCGGCGGCGCAGGUGUCGCAGGACCGCGUCUUCUACUCGGCGCUACUGGCGUCGGACGCGCAGGUGGAGGUGACCGUCGGCGGGCGCACGCAGGCCGGCAGCUGGAAGCACCGGCCCGACGGCGGCGUCGGCGUGUACCACGGCAGCGUCGAGUUCGGCGGGCGCACGGGCGACGUGGUGAUUCGCGUGUCCCGCGGCGGCAGCACCAUCGCGCAGAUCAACGGGCGCUCCGUGUCGCCCGACAACUGCCGCAACGGGCUGAACAACUGGAACGCGUGGGUCGGCAGCGCCAUGUCAGGCGCCAGCAUCCCGGCCGCGAGCGCCCCCGGAGCCCCGGCCAAGCAUCCGUUCCGCUGGAGCGACGGUGACAUGCCGCAGUACUGCGUCGAGGGCCACAGCAGCGGCGACGGCCGGCUCGACGGCCUGUGCCGCUGGAGCUGCGCGCUCGGGUUCUGCCCCAUCCACGCCUGCACCUGCACGCGCCAGGGCACCAGCCAGCCGGGCGCCCCCGGCUGGGUCAACGUGCCGGCGACUGGCGUCGACGGGGUCAGCGACUUUGGGCUGUGCGACUUUGCCUGCCACCACAGCAACUGCCCGGGCGACGUGUGUAGGCGCUUCUGA